UAUUUCGUGGGCCUUGCUCCUUAUCGCGGGCCCUGCACGGUUGCUUAACCCGUCCCGGACUCGGCAGGCUGCCACCACCGCCGCCGCCACUCGCCGUCGCCAGGAGUUUCACCUACUCACUAGCGUCCGCCGCCGCACUACAGCUUUCCUCUUUCCCUGCUACCCGGUGGGCGGCCAGCAUCGACAUCUCUAUUUUUCUGUUGCAUCCCCCUAUUCGUCUCCAGUCCCCGGCCGCAUACGGCAGGGGCUACCCGAGGCAGCAACGCCGGCGGCCCAGGUGCCACGACCCUAUUCCUUGCUCGUCCCCGUCUGCAACCCCACCAUCCCCUCGCGCGACCGGCUGCCCAGGCGCCGCGCUCCCCUGUCCGCACGACCUCGAGGCGACGCCAGCAGCGACAAAGGACGGCGGUAGCGGUGCGUCCCGGCGUCUCAAGGCAACCUGGUUGGUAAUUUGUAAGAUUUACGGCUGUAUAAGAGCAAAUUCUUGUUGGAGAUGGCAGAUGUGCACGAGAAAGGCAAGCAAAUUGGUGAAGAGCAGGAGGAGGAAGAAGAGUAUGUCUUGUUAGAGUUGGAUGAUUAUCUUUAUUCUGACAUCCAACCAAAUGCCCCAUAUAUACUCUCUGGUUUGGACACAUUAACUCCUACCUUGAUUGUAGGCGAUGGCUUGAAAAUGGUUGGAGAAUACGAAGAAACUGUUGGCACAUGUUAUUUAUUUUCAGAAAGAGAUGCUCCACCAAAACCUGUUCGUGAUGGGACGGCUCCUCUCAAAGAAAAGAAGGACAAGCAAGCCAGCAAUAGUAAGGAAGCACCAGCACCAUCCAAGGAGGUGAAACAACUCGCAAGCGUUCAAAAGAUCCUCAGAUUCCGGUCAGUCGGUGAGAAUCACCAGGAGCACAGAACAUAUCAGCAUGAGGGCAGGGAGUUCUGAAACAAAUAUAUCUAGUUGCUUAACCUUUCUUUGCUGCCAGCAGUGUACAUCAAGUAAUCUGUUGACCCUUAAUACACAAUGUUUCUCUUGUCACAAUUAACUUUCAGUAUGUGAUUCUGGUGAUUUUUAUUCUCUUUUUUUUUUGAAUUUUCAAUUGUCUUAAAAUCUGGAUAACGGAAUUCUUGGCUGUCUGUAAACUAAUGCAACACUGUCAAAUAUUUCUGAAGCUGUUGCUUGCUUCUAAUUUUA